AUGCUGCGGGUCUACAGCAGCACCGUGCUCCCGGGCGUGCGCCACCGCUGCCUGGCGACCGUGGUCAAGGCGCUGUACUUCUCCACGCCGCAGCAGCUGGAGGCGGCGCUGGCGGACCUGCCGAUCAGCAGCUUCAUCGCGUCGCUGCUGGGCGGGCGGGACGCAAAGGCGCAGGCGUACGCGCUGCAGAUGGGCGAGCUGCUGAUGGAGCAGCUGCCCCACAUCUUCACGUCCUACUUCAUAAAGGAGGGUGUCGUGCAUGCGAUACAGCAGCUGGCCGAGCAGUCGGCGGCCGCCCGCGGCGCCGCAGCAGCAGCUGCAGCGGCCCCUGCCUCUGCAGGCGCCGGCGACGCCGCCGGUCCCUCAAGGGCGGCGGCCGCGCCAGCGCCAGCGCAGGGCGGUGGCGAGGGCGCCGGCGGCGUGGCGGGGCCGGGGUCGCCGCCGUCGCCGCCUGUGACGCGGUCGCGGCGCUCUUCCCAGGGCCAGGCCAAGGCGGAGCCCCGUGAGCCGUCAAGGGACGUCCGGGACGCGUCCCGCGACCGCGCCUCCCCGGAUUCCGCCCGCGGCGACGCACUGGCGGCGCUGCAGCAGCUCCAGCAGCUGCAGCAGCAGCAGCAGCAGCGCCCGCCGUCGCGCGCCGGCAGCGUGACGCUGCGCGAAGCGGUGCUCGCGCGCGCAGGCAGCUUCAAGGACGCCCACUUCCCGGCCGCGGGUGGCGGCGGCGGCGACGCGGGCGGCGCGCUGCUCGAGAGCGACGCCCUCCGCGACCUGCGCGCCGCGUGCGCGGCGCUGCCGGGCGCAAGCAGCGGCGCUGGCGACGAGGAGGGCGGCGGGGGCGGCGCGCUGCCGCGGCUGCUGGCGCUGCUGACGGCCGCCGACCUCAGCGUUUUCGAGCUGCUCACCAGCGGCGCGGUCAAGGCGCUGUCGGACUUCCUGCGCGGCGCAGACCUGCCCGCAGGCGCGGCAGGCGCCAAGCGGGACGAGCUGCUGCUGCGCCGCCUGCGGCUGUUUGCGCUGCACGCGCUCGCCGCCGGCGGCGCCGGAGCUGGCGCCGCGGCAGGCGGCCCUCCGAUGCUGGCGCUCGUGCGGAAGCUGCAGAGCGCGCUCUCGUCCACGGAGGCGUUCCCGGUGGUGUGCAGCCGCGCCGGCGGCGGCGCGGGCGCCGGCGGCGCGCGGUCGCUGGGGCGGUCGGGCAGCAUGGGCGGGAGCUUUGGGGGCGGGGGCGGCAGCCUUGGCAGCGGGCUGCAGGCGCUGAUGGAGCCGUUCAAGCUGAGGCUGGUCCGGCACCCUAAUGUGAGUGUUGGGGUGGUGGAGGGGCGCAUAUGCUGUCGGGAAGGGAGGACAGAGACUGCAUGA